AGUGCUGCCUGAGUCCCAAAGGCGUGGUGGCAGCGCGUGGUGGCCCAGCAGGAUUCUGGGGCGCGGCACAGCCCGCCGGCGGGCCAGAAGGCCAAGGGAACACCUGGGCCACCCCCGGGCCCGCGGGGCAGGGCGGGCGGGCUGCUGCCUCCUUAAAACCCGGCAGCCCAGAUGGCGAGCACCCCGCACUCUGCAGCUCGGGCUCCGGCGACCGCGCCUGGCCUUGACCCUGGGCCCCGCCGAGGGCAGGCUCCGGGGCAGGAGGUACAAACAGCCAGCCUGUGUCCUCAGCCGUGGAUGAGGGGCUGCCAUCUGCUCUCGAAAGGGACAGUAGGGAGCCAUCGGAAUAAAGGCUGGGUGACCUGCCAGUUCUCCGGAGCUCACCUGCCUCUCUGAGCCCCCAGCUGACUGGCUCGUGCCUCCCCCAGGAUGGACGUGCAGACGGUGCUGUUUAUCCUGCAAGCCUCGCUGGUGCUCCCCCUGGUGCUCCCAGGGGCUUCCGGCGCCAGAACCAACACUGGCACCACCCCUGCCCCCAUCCUGCGCUUCGUGGCCGUGGGUGACUGGGGAGGGGUCCCCAAUGCCCCGUUCUACACAGCCCGGGAAAUGGCCAAUGCCAAGGAGAUUGCCAGGACCGUUCAGAUCCUGGGUGCAGACUUCAUCCUGUCCCUGGGGGACAACUUCUACUUCUCCGGCGUGCAGAAUGCCAAUGACAAGAGAUUCCAGGAGACCUUUGAGGACGUGUUCUCUGCCUCCUCCCUCCGUAACGUGCCCUGGCACGUGCUGGCUGGCAACCACGACCACCUGGGGAACGUCUCAGCACAGAUAGCCUACUCCAGGAUCUCCAAGCGCUGGAACUUCCCCAGCCCUUACUACCGCCUGCGCUUCAAGAUCCCACGGUCCAAUGUGUCCGUGGCCAUCUUCAUGCUGGACACGGUGACACUGUGUGGCAACUCGGAUGACUUUGCCAGCCAGCAGCCUGAGAGGCCCCGCAACUUGGCCAUGGCCCGCACACAGCUGGCCUGGCUCAAGAAGCAGCUGGCAGCGGCCAAGGAGGACUACGUGCUGGUGGCUGGCCACUACCCAGUGUGGUCCAUCGCUGAGCAUGGGCCCACCCACUGCCUGGUCAAGCAAUUGCUGCCACUUCUGACCACGCACAAGGUCACCGCCUACCUGUGUGGCCAUGACCACAACCUGCAGUACCUUCAGGAUGAGAAUGGCAUAGGCUUUGUGCUGAGCGGGGCUGGGAACUUCAUGGACCCCUCAAAAAAACACCUGCGCAAGGUCCCCAAUGGCUACCUGCGCUUCCACUACGGGGCUGAGAACUCGCUGGGUGGCUUCGCCUACGUGGAGAUCAGCCCCAAGGAGAUGAGCAUCACAUACAUCGAAGCCUCGGGCAAGUCUCUCUUCAAGACCAAGUUGCCAAGGCGAGCCAGAUCUCAGCACCAGAACCAACGGGGGCGCCACGCUGUGGCCUGAGUUCGAAGUGCCUCCCUGCUGGGAUCCCCACCAGUGGGCAGGCUUUCUCAGGGGCAUGUGGUGCUACGGCAGAGCAAGAAGGAGAAGGACAGGUGAGGCACGGUGGUGCCACGUGGCCCUUGUGACAAGGAUGCCUGCAUAUGUGAAAGAAGUGUGGACGCUUGUACCCGCCAGAGUGCCAGGCCCCAUGGCCCGGUUCGCCCAGCCUGAGUUCCAGGCAAUGGGGGGCAGGGAGGGAAAGCUGUCUCCCAGAUCAGGCAUCCUUCUGUCACUGCCGAAUAGUCAAUAAAAAAAAAUAGUUGCAAAGGCUGAA